AUACGGCCUGCCCGGUGCUCCGGCGCGGCUCUAGGCGGCCGCGGCAGCGCCGGGCGCCGGCCCGCCCCGCGGCGCUGACUCCGCAAUAUGGUGGAGCGGAGCGGGCGGGGCCGCGGCUCCGAGUGCGGUGCUGACCGCCGGGCCGUCCCCGCUGCUCCCGCUCCGCGGGCCCCGCGGGCCAGCGUGCUUCGGUGCGCUGGCCGAGAUUCUCCCGGAACCAGAAAAUCCCGAGAGCCUCGCCUGCCCCCGGGAGCGGCGUUGUAAUACCCCAUCCCGGAAGCGGCCCGUGGGGGCACUUGGGAAAGCGGUGCGCUUUCCUGCCUUGGGUACCGCGGCGAGCCAGAGCAGGCGCCGCGGCUGUUGUGCGUGGCUCAUCGCGCUGCUUUCUUGCUCUUCUUUCCAUAGGGAGGGGGGAGAAUAGGAAUGAAGUUUGUGGUGUAGCCGGUGUGCUUUCCUCUCCAGAAACUCUUGCUGUCUCUGAAAUAUGCUUGGCCUUGGAUUCCAGACGUCUCACUCACCUGCUCCAGAGGAUGGCUCUGACUUUUGCUAGGGCUGCACCUAUUCAGUGGCUGGUGUAAGGUUCAAGACCUGAAAAAAUGGCAUUGGCAGCAAUUGAUCCACAGCAGAACAUUGUAUCGAGGGUUGCCAACCUUCCUUUGGUGAGCUCCACCUAUGAUAUGGUGUCGACAGCUUACAUCACCACAAAGGAUAACUAUCCUUAUCUGAAGUCAGUAUGUGAGAUAGCCGAGAAAGGAGUGAAGACGAUUACAUCAGUAGCCAUGACAAGUGCUAUGCCUAUCAUUCAGAAACUGGAACCACAAAUUGUAGUUGCCAACAACUAUGCCUGUAUAGGUCUAGACAAAAUUGAAGAGAGACUGCCUAUACUGAAUCAACCCACUGACAAGGUUGUUGCCAAUGCCAAGGAUGUAGUUGUUGGAGCCAGAGAAGCUGUAACAACCACUGUUACUGGUGCCAAGGAAACUGUUGCUCAUACGAUCACUGGAGUUGUGGGCAAGACUAAAGAAGCAGUGCAAGACAGCGUAGAAAUGACCAAGUCAGUUGUCAAUGGCAGCAUUAACACUGUCCUGGGUGUGCAAAGCCGUGUGGUGCAAAUGGUGAGCAGUGGUGUGGACAGUGCUCUCACAAAAUCAGAGACCCUUGUAGACCAGUAUCUUCCACUUACAGAAGCAGAACUAGAGAAAGAAGCUGCAAAUGUUGAAGGCUUUGAAAUUGGAGUCCAAAAGCCAAGCUACUAUGUUAGAUUAGGAUCCCUGUCUUCAAAGGUCCGCACACGUGCCUACCAGCAAGCCUUAAACAAAGUUAGAGAUGCUAAACAGAAAAGCCAGGAGACAAUCUCUCAGCUCCACUACACUGUUAGUCUGAUCGAGUAUGCCAGAAAGAACGUGAAUAGUGCCAAUAAGAAACUUCUUGGUGCUCAGGAAAAGCUUUAUCAAUCCUGGGUAGAAUGGAAGAAAAAUACAGGCCAAAAUGAUGGUGAUGAUCUGCAUAGUGCUGAGCACAUUGAGUCAAGAACUCUAGCUAUUGCACGGACCCUCACUCAGCAGCUUCAGACCACCUGCCUCACACUGGUCUCAAGCCUACAGGGGCUGCCACAGAAUGUACAGGAUCAGGUUUACAGUGUUGGGUCAAUGGCAGGUGAUGUCUACCAGAGCUUUCGGUCAGCAUCCUCUUUCCAAGAAUUAUCAGACAGCUUUAUUGCAGCUAGCAAAGGACAGCUGAAGAAAAUGAAGGAGUCUCUGGAUGAUAUGAUGGAUUAUCUUGUUAACAACACACCGCUCAACUGGCUGGUUCCAGAUUUCGCUAUUACAGACCUGUCUUCAGAGUCAGAUGAUGUCCCAGACAUUUUGGAUUUGGAUGAAGAGGAUCAACAGGAUUUCUCACGCACAAAUGGUCCUUACACUGCAGGGCAAAGAGCUGAAUAGAGAAGCAUAAAAAUGUCUUUUUGAUACAAUGUACCAUACUUUGCCAUGUUUAAUUUAGAUUCCUCCUUCUUAAAGAUGAACCUGCCUAGUUUAGGGAUUAUGGGGAUACUUUUUACAAAAAUCAGUACUGUUUCACUUAGCUGCAUCAAAAAUCCGGGUUUUUAAAUGUAAGGAAUGCACGCUACAUUAAUUGGUUAGCAUGAGUGUCAGGCUCCAAUUCUGCAAGCCAGGUAUAGCCUAACCAGUAUAUCCAACUAAUCUGAUUUUUAUUGACGAUUUGUUCUCCUGCGGGUAGCAGCCAUGAGAACACCCCAGUGCUUUGCAUACAGGGCUGCCAACAAAAGGAGUUGAUGAGGAUUUGCCCACUUUCAGUCUACGUGAAAAGCAUUGCUGCAUCUACCUCUUUGCUGCUGGAAGGGGUAAGAGACUUUGUCUUUCUCAGAUUUUCUCAGGUUCUUUUGUUAGGCUCUGCACCUACAGGGCUUAGACGCUUAGAGCUUUCCGUUGGCAAGAGUGCUUUGUGCACAAAAGGACUUCCUUUCUUUCCACAUGCCUUCUGUGUGCAAAUAUUAUGGCCAUCAUGAUGCUAUCAGUUGUGGCGCCUGAGACGAAAGGGAGUAAAUGCUUCAGUAUUAAAGUGUUUUGGGUAUAAGAAUAGCAUUUAAGUAAGAAAGGGGAAGAGAUUGUAAAAAGAAAGGAAAAGUAGAGAGUAAAGAGAUAAAGACUUCAGACAAAAUAAAAUUCGGGAAAAAAAAGGGAAUUGAAUGUAGGAGAGUUCUGGCGACAGUGAUUUUUAAAAAAAAAGUUUUAAUAAAAUCUCAAUCAGUUAUUUGCUAA